CGUUUUGGCGCGCUAGUCACCACCAAGACCCCCGAAUUUGCCACGCAGUCUGCGAAGACGCACAUUGCCCUGGUGACAAGUUUUGACACCUAAUUAAUUAGCGGAGGCGACCAAUCAACACGCGUCUUUCAUGCUGGCCUUUCUAUGGACAUUAUUGAUAAAAUUCAUAACUCUGUGUACAUGCGCAUUGGGGGCGUGCUGUAUGUUAUGCAGAGCAUUUUGCACUGUAUGGUAUAUGGGGGAUGUGCGUGUGUGUGCACUGUGUGCGGUGGGUUUUUAUUUCCGUAAUUUUCUCCCCGGCCAUUGAAUACACGGCAUCACUAGUGGAUGAAUGCGGCCUGUCACUGUCAUCAGUCGAGUUCGUCAGGCCAGCCCGGGAUAAGAGUACCGUACCGUUCCGGUUCGCCCCACGGGCCUCACGGACAGCCAAGCUCAUCCGAGAAGGAGGGAUAGUGAACCAUGUCUCGCCGAAAGCAGGCUAACCCACAGCACAUCGGUUCGGAACACGAGCUACCAGCGGCUCUGGAAAACGGUGCUGCCAAGGAGAACCACUUGAAUACUGCUAGCACAGAAGAAACAGAUGAGGAUGUGAUCAUAGGAGGCCUCCAUGUCUGCGGGAAGUGUCGAGGGGAGUUUUCAGUUACCUCCGAUUUUCUGCAGCAUAAGCAGACCUGCUCCAAGAAACCAGUGGUGGUUGUGAUAAACAAUGACGGCCAGUUGCAGACUGAGAGUAACAGCAGCAGCCGUCCGCCGUCCGUGGAGAAUCUGUAUGGCCAGGAGAUUGCCAAGACUGUGUACCACAACAACAAUAAUGACCAGGUGCUAAAUGGGCUUCAGCAGCUGCCGGAUGACCCGUAUGAUGACCAAGAGGAGCUUGAGGAGCGAUCUGUGACAGAGGAGCCGGAGGCCCACUUAGCCCAAAUUGAUGGCCCCCGGGACCAGCAGCAGCAGCCAGGUCAAGAUGACGGCUUGCAUGAGGAAGACCUGAAGGCUUCCAAACCAGACAGGCGGAGAACUCAGAGUGUGGACUCUAUGGAGUAUGAAGAGUCGCACACCCAACUGAAGCACCCAGUUGAGAACUGCCGUUCACCGUCGAGCCGCCCCGUAUUUCCGCCCAGACCAGGGAGUCUUGAGAGUACACCCUUCCCCAUGGGGCCCUUCCCACAUCCAGUGCACAAUCAGCCAGAGAUGGCAUCCAUCCAGGACCAGCUGUUCCACCUGCAGCAACAGCACAUUCACCAGCUGCAGCUCAUCCAAAAUAUCCAGCAGCAGCUGCAAAACCUGGCUAUGCAGAUCAAAAAUGCCCCUGCUGUUACCUCGGCUGCUCCAGUUACCACUACCUCAGCCCCCCUCACCCCGUCUGUGGAGUCGCAGUCACAGAUAAUGUCCCAGCAAACAUCAUCGUCAGGGCCUUCACCCCACCUCAUCCAUCCCUUCGAUUCACUGCCUCGACCACUGCCCCAACAGAUGAUGCCGUCGCUGCCAUUACGACCCUCUAUUGUACCUCCUGUGUCCUUCCCUAUGGCCUCCCCAAGGCCACCAUUUGAUAUGUUGCAGCAGCAGGGCGUCAUGCCACCAGCCUCAAGUCAGCUUCUACAGGCCCCACCUAGGCUUCCCUUUGCACCAUCCAUGAUGCUUCAGCGAAAGGGGAAGCCUCCAAAUGUUGCGGUCUUUGACACCAAAUUUCCCUCGGAUGAUCCAUUCUUCCGGCAUAAGUGCCGCUUCUGCCACAAGGUCUUUGGCAGUGACAGUGCCCUUCAAAUCCACAUUCGCUCUCACACAGGUGAGCGACCAUUCAAGUGUAAUAUAUGUGGCAACCGAUUCUCCACUAAGGGGAACCUCAAAGUGCACUUCCAGAGGCAUGUGGAUCGGUACCCUCAUGUCAAAAUGGACACUACUCCUCACCCACCUUCUCCUCCUCUGCCAAAUGAGCGUCUCCCAAUCCAGUCUCCAUCCAUUCAGCAGGUUCCCCUUCCAACGAUUCCAGGUGACAUGAGUCGUCCAUCAAAUGAUGCCACAACCUCUUUCCACUCUGGAACACCCACAUCGCAGGCCAGUGGGUCUAACUCUGCCUCAAACAGUAUCUCUGGUGACAAUUCCCUUGAGCAGCAGAGUCAAGAAGAUGGACGUCCCAAAUCAGUCUCAGAUAUUGUCCUUCCCAAGGCAGAAUCAGAACCUAAGACAUCAGAUACCAGUGCUGUUGUGUCCCCUCAACCAACUCCGGAAAGGCCCCUGACAUUUUCCUCUGCCCCAAUGACCUCAAGCUUUGCUCACUCCAUCAGUCAAAUCAUGUCUGAAUCUUCCUCAAUGUUCACCACCGCCCCCACUCUCACUUCCCGAAUGGAGACUCCAUCUUCUCUGGCUGUCCUGGCUGAGCAAGGAGUCCGGCCAUCAGAGACCUCUAAACUGCAAAAGUUAGUUGAGAAUAUCGAGCAGAAGAUAAGCGACUCCAAUCAGUGUGUCAUUUGUCACCGGGUUCUCAGCUGCAAGAGUGCCCUGCAAAUGCACUACAGGAUCCACACUGGUGAGCGGCCAUACAAGUGCCGUGUCUGUCUGCGCUCCUUCACCACCAAGGGUAACCUGAAGACACACUACAGUGUCCAUCGUGCCAAACCUCCUCUCAGGAUGUUCCACGAUUGUCCCAUUUGCCAAAAGCGGUUCAGUAAUGUCUUAGUGCUGCAGCAGCACCUCCGCAUGCAUGCUGCCGAGGGCUUUCCGAUUCCCCAAGACUUGUCUGCAUUUGAGCACUAUGCUGAAGACAGGUUUGCUGAAGAGCUGUCGAAUGAGGAAAACCAGGUCCUUGACCAGGAUGAAAGUGAAGAGGCAGCCAGGCUCAAUGAGAUGGGUUCUCAACUGGAAUCCUCACCUGAAGGCUUUUCUGAACCAGAAGGUGCAGGAGAUGAACUCCACAAUGGCUUGCCAGAUGAAACAAGAAGUCUCAAACAAAUCCAAACUGCCUCCGAACAAGAUAUGGGCCACACCCAAAAGAUCCACAUGAGGGACAGAGCCAGACACAUGGAGAGGAUAAUUGAUGUAAAUAAGGAAAUUCGUAUGGACUGGAUGGGGAAGGAAGUUGAAGAGUCACCAGGAGUGCCUGCCACAGGUGAGUCUGCCUCCCCUCCAUCCUACCUCUCUGAUGACAGCAGCAGAGCAGCCUCCCUAUCCUCAGAACCCCAGCCAAGCUACACAAAAGGUAUUGAUUCCAUAGCUUCAGCCCUACAUCUUCAAGCAAGUAGCAAUGCAGAGAAUCACCACAGACAGCUCAUUGGCCGUCUUCCUAAUCCAGGUCCUCAGUCCCCCUCAGACAAAAGCCAAGAAGGCUCUCUGGCAUCUGACCAAGCAUCUCCAAGUCCUGAUGAUCACAAGGAUGACCCGAGAACAAGUCAAGAAGAUAUGAGGCGGCACUUCGAUGAACUUGUAAAUCAUCACAGUGGUGUUUCAAGGAGUCAUUCCAGUGAACUUACAGGGCAGUCAGAUGAUAUUAAACUUCAGCCUAAUUAUAUAAGAAACCACCAAGAUGACUUCAGACGACACCGAGAUGAACUGUGUGAAGCACAUCCCAAGGAGCUCCAUGGCAAACUGGAGGACAGUAGAGGUAAAGGAAAUGAAUUUGAGCAGAAAAUCAAUUCUGAUGAGCAGAAUGGCAGAAAUGAUGAGCCAAGGGGUCCUUCAGACGAGUACAGGGGUGAGCACAGACGCAUUUUUGAUGAGCAAAAGAACCGUCCAGACAGCAUAAAGUUCCAACAGAAUAAUCUCCAUCGAGCACCCCUCAAGAUUGACACUAGCAGAACGGACAACAAUGGGGCUCUGGACCUAACCCCCAAGUCGGUUUCCUCAGGGAGCAGCGAAAACAGCCUGGAGGCCCUGAAGAAUCAAGUCAACAACAGCCACCACUUGUUUCCCUUGGGCUUCCCCCAUCCGGGUGAUGGUAGAUUAAAUGGAAGCAGUGCUGGACUGUUGAUGCCAGAUGCAUCCUAUGGUUCCACACGCAGCAACGGAUCCAACACCACCUGCCAUUAUUGCGGUAAGUCCUUUGCAUGCAGCAGUGCCCUGAAUAUCCACUAUAGGAGCCACACAAAGGAGCGACCCUACAAGUGCGAGAUAUGCUCCAAGGGAUUUUCGACUAAAGGCAAUCUGCGUCAGCACAUGCUGACGCACAAAAUACGAGACAUGCCCACCCAGAUCCUUGACCCCUCACACCCCCAUUACAAGCAGCAGCAGCAGAUGAUGCACCCCAUGCACCAUUUGCAGCCACCGUCACAUCCCAUGCUGAUGCCUGGCAUUUCAAACUUUGCUGCUGAGAUGGCCUUGCACCAGUACCAACAACAGCAGCAGAGAACAUCUCCUCGGUCAUUCAUCCAGCGGGAACCAUCUCCAUUGGGUCCUGAGCAACAGCACUCACCACAGGCCCAGCAGCAGCAGCUGCCUCCUUCACCACUUGGUUCUCCACAGAAAAUCUCACCCCUCAACCCCCAGCGACCAUCUUCUCCCUUUGACUGUGGUCAGGAGAUACCUCCAAGUAGUCAGAUGAAGUCCCCAGGUAGCCAACAACAGAGCACUUCGCCUAGCAGUCAGCAUCACUUGGCACUACCUUGCAGCCAGCCACUGCAGCAACAGCAACAACAGCAGCAUUCUCCAAAUAAUAACAAUUACCCUCCUGAUAUACAGCAGAAGCUCUAUCCCAGCCUGCAGAAGCCACACCCCUCUGACCUGCCCAUCCCCCCAUCCCAGCCCUCACUGAAGCGUUCCAUUUCGAAUUCCAGCUGCCCUUCUCCCACCAAGCGGCUGAAGCACAGCUGCCACGUCUGCGGCAAGCAGUUCCAAUCAGACAGUGCCCUCCAGAUUCACAUGCGCACCCACACUGGCGAGAAGCCCUUCAAGUGCCACAUAUGUGGGCGUGCAUUCACCACCAAAGGCAACCUGAAGGUGCACCUGGGAACGCACAUGUGGAACGGCGGCCCCACCCGGCGAGGGCGGCGCAUAUCUGUGGAGGCUCCACUCAUGAGGAGCCCCAAGGACAGCGAAAUGUUCCGGCCAGACAUGUUUGGCUUGCGGCCAAUGUACGAGGGGGCAUUCUUCCAGUAUCCCCCACCCAUCAUGAAUGGCUAUGCAGCUGCCAUGUCCAAGGCCAACGAAAUUUCGGUCAUCCAGAACCACCAUUCCUCAAUGGGACAUGCACGCAUUCCAGAGAACUCCAACUCUGUCAUCAUGAAGGGUAGUGACCUGAGUCAUGACAGCAGAGACCAGAUUCCAGAGUCUGUAGCCUCUCAAAACUAAGAAGAGAAAAGAACAGGUGUUUGUGUAUCAACAACUAUGAUAGUGACAAAUUGUUCAUUGUAGGUUAAAGUGCUUGUAACGUUUUGUUAGUUCUUUUUCUGUGUUUUUGCUGCAGUAUUUGAACACCAGAGUGUGUGAUUUUUAAAAUUAAAUGCAUUCUUUAUGUUUAUCCACACGUUUGCUUGUAAAAGCUGUAUUAAUUACCUUUCCUUUCGUUACUAACAAACUAAUUUCGAAGUGUGUAUUAGAUUAACUCUUCUAGAAGACAAUGCGCCAAACAGUGAAAAUGUUUACUUUGGACACAGGGUUAUCAUCAGACUGAUUGACAGGAAUUACCUGCUAUGUAUAUGCUGUCCAAUUAACCAUUAUUUAUGUUUUAAACAGCCACUUGUAUAACUUAUUGCGUAUAUAAUAUUUAUAGUAAAACCACUCAGUAACAUCUGAAGACGAAAUUCUCAAUACUUAACACUGGUAAAUGUUAACUUAUUCUAACCGUGUAGAUUACUUAUAUUUAAUGAGUGGAUGAUCUGCCAUAAGCAGAGAGAUAAUUGAAACAGGACAUGCUGGAACAUCAAGAAUUAACAUUAAAACAAGUUAUAGUAACAUUUUACAUUUAUCUUUUGGCAAUAUUUAAAAGAAAAUCCCAGAACAAAUUGUUCCCCAAAGUGUUAAUAUCUUGGGUGAUUUUCAAGUGUUGUUCAAGUUGAAAGCGUGGAAGUACAUGAACAGCCAUCUAUAAAAGUAACAUCAAACUGUCCUGCAUCUCAUGAAAGCCAUUUUGAUUCACUUUUCUUUUCCAUAUGCAGGGUCUAUAUCCUGAAAUAAAAAAUACAAGUACAAGAGCAGGAUAAAUACAUAUGACUAGCCACCGGUAGACAAAUGGCAUUGUUUUCUCUAGUGGUCUGACCAACAGCCAAAUGGGGUUGCAUAUAAACAAAUGAAGACAAUGAAGUAUUGUGCUCAGGCUCUUUAACUUAGAGUUUACAAAGUGCUUCUAACUCCAGGCCACAGAGAUCUCUUAACCUUCAGAGGAGUUAUCUCUAGUUUCUGGCAUAGAUUCAUCAAUGACAGGACUAGAUCCACUUGCACUUUUUAUUCAACUCUCUUGACCCCUGGAAUCUCGUCAUCGCUGGGUGAGAACAUUUGAUUUUCAUACACAAAUAAAAAAAGGGGAGGAAAAGUGUAAACUCUUCCACUUUGGAAACAAAAUUCACCUUGAUGAGUGAUGGAUGUGGGAAUUACUCAAAUGGUAAGCAUGUCAUCAUUAAUAAUCUGAGAGCCAUUCCCACUACUGGCCCUGGCACGCAAACCACACAUUUACAAUGUCAUCUGUCAUAUUUUUGCUGCCCAAACCAACAGGAGCAUAUUUUGCCAAUGCCCUCCCGAAAAUUGCCCAUCAAUUUUUGGGGACACGUUGAAGCCAGACUGAUCCAUGAUGUAGGUAGGGGGGCUUCUACUCUUGAACUGCCAGCAAUCUGUCACUGGUCACUGUGACAGUUGCAACGCUGCUCUCAAUCUCACCAAACCAUGCUUAGAACAACGCCCACAUGAAUUCAGCCAAGAACUUCGAUUUAACUUGCUUUCCAGAAGAUACUUAAAACAACAGGUAUCAUUUCGUUAAUAUCUUUUCGUAGGUAUUUCAGCAUCACACCAAGACACUAGACAUCAAGAAGUAUUGGGGAAAUUGAAUUUCAGGUUCUUUUUAGUUCUAAUUUAACUUUCUUUUUGGAGAAAAUGAUGGUAGAAAUUAUCACCGGCUUCAAAAACUCGUCUGGUUUGCAUUUUUUUGAGGAAAAAACUAAUCAUUUCACUGAUUUCCUUUCCUUCCCGCUUUUGCCACACUCUGCUUUGAAAUAGAAAAAAAUAACUCGGCUAUUUUGUACUGGCUGCCAAAUGUUUUUGAGAGACCUGCCCUGGCAAUUUCCAGUUGAUUCUCUUCCCAGUUAGCUUGCAGUGUUUUAGGAAGCUGCUCAGUUAUAGUUGUUUAUUGCUAAGUUUCUCAGGGAUUUCUGCCGAUUGCAAGCUUGUAAUUGUGUUUUGUUUGUUUGUUUUUUAAUUUUAGGAAAAAUGCAGUGUUCUGAAUUAAGUCUUCCUUGACAGGGUAAUUUUUUUAAAUUCCAUUUGAAACCUUUAGUGUUAUGUUCUGCCCAUAUUUCUGCAAAAUCAAGUUCUGUUUCCUGGUGUACAGAUAGGGGAUGUGUGGUUUACUUAAUGGACUUUAUAUUUACAGAAAUUAUGAAACUUGUGACUGUCCAAAAUGUGCACUAGCUCCCUCACUAAAUGUCAACAAAUCUUUUUGAAGUUGCUUAUGGUGCAAGAAAUCAAAUCAUAUGAGUUUUUUAAAUCGUAUAAUUGCUGUGAAGUAUACAUAUUUAUUGCACAUGAGCAAGUAAUGAAGACUGUUAGUGGAAAGGAUUUGUAUAUACCAACGUGUAUCUGUUAUGUUUGGUCUUUCGUGUCGAAACAUUUCCUGCCACAAACAAAAACCUUCCAAAGUUCUCAGAAACUUCCACUGGAGGACGUGUACAAUUCCAUCAAGUAAAGACGUGUUUCUGUAUUUAAUGAUGUGUACAUUUACUCUCUGUCAGAUUUAAAACAUAACUCCAUGUAGUUCAUGUGUGUAUAUAAGCGUAUUUAAAGAUAUCAUGUGUAGAUACAUUGUACAUGUAAUACCAACCGGCAGUGUAUAUCACAAACACUUGUCCCAGUGCAGCAAGUUGAAAUGUAAAAGCCUGCUUAUUCUGUGUGGUUUCUUGUGUAUCAGUGCCCUUAGUCCCACUGUUUUUGACAUGAAGAACAAACCGCUUUUUCUGGACAGAGGUGGACUUGGAUUCCCCACCAGUUCAUGGCAUUUAGACAAUUUAGUCCUUGUUGGCUUAAAGCCCACAUGACUAUGCAGCAUGAACAGAAAACUGCAGCUGUACAGAAUAAAAAAUGUUUUUGUUUUGUUCAGCUGAAAGAAUUUGUCUACUUUAUCCACCGGUAAAGAACUUAAAAUGGCUCAUGUUUUUGUGUUGCUCUUUCUUUUCAAGGCGUCACCGUUUAUUUAUUGUUCAACCCAAAUAUUUUCAUGAUAUUAAUGAUAUAAACUUUGUUUUGCAUGUUAGUUUUAAUUUAGACCUAAUCCGGCAGUAUUUAUACUAGAAACUGUUUGGUUUUUGUUUCGUUUUUGGUGGACACAGUAUUAAGCUGUACUGAUAUGUGAGUGCUGCAGUGUUGAGCAUCGAACCAAUGGUAGCAAUUUUAGGCUCACCAUAGUUAUCGACUAUUUCAUGUGCACUGCCAUGACAUCCAUUGCCAGUAUGCAGUAUUAAGAUGUACUACUAGCAGUUUUUUGAAAAUGCGACUAUUAGCACUAGAUAGAUACAGAUUUUAGUUGAAGUUUUACUAACGGCCAAAAUUGGACAGUUAAGGCAUACUUUGCUUUAGUAUUCUUUAAAAUAUGUACAAAUCAGCUGAUAGCUUUCCCCAAGGUUUACUCAGUUUGUAUUUAUUGCUCUUUUUUCGUAACAGUCUUUCAGCAUUUGAGUUUGCUCAUUUUUUCUUUAUUUUGCAUAUGUGUGCUUGAAGAAAAGAAUACUGCAUUGAGUUGUGUUUUGUAUUGUACAGCAAAAAAAAAAAGAAAUUUACCAUAUUUCUGGUCAGAUGACCACAGCAAGCCAAAGGAAAGUAAAUUUAUGUAAAUAAGUGUAACUUUGAAUGCCGUCAAUACGAAAUAACUGUGAGAUGCAAGGAUCUGUGACCUGGGUUUGAGUGUAUACAGUGGUCUUAAUGUACAGAACUUGUACAGUGUGCAUAUCACCAGAGCUCUAUUAAAACUGCCUACUAGACUAAAUAAUACUGCCAACUUUGUCAGCCACAGGAGUUGGACAUUUAUGAUACAUUCAGGCCGGCCAUUUUUUUCCGUUUGAGUAGGAAUAUUGUUUUUAUAAGAAUUUUCACACUGUGAUUAACACAAAUGCAGGUUGCAGAGUUUCUGCUCAGUUUCAGAAUGAAGUUGAAGAGUUUCCUUGAAGAAAGUGUUUAAAUUGCUUUUUGUUGUGGAAGUGAAAUAAUCAUUUAAUUCCUUGCUUCUUAGAGCUAUUAACUGUUAUUUCCAUGGUUUAUUGAUAAGGCUUUACAGUUGCAUGGUGAUGUCAAGGGUAAAGUUUCAUGCUUACGAAGAAUACCUGAAUUGGUGUUUAUCAGGCUCGUCUUUCCUGCAGAACCAUGUUUCUCAACCAUGGAGCAAGAAAACAGUUUCACUGUAUUUGAAUCGUACCACUUCAAAACUUUCAAACAUGGAAGUGGUGAUUUUAAGAAUGGUGAUGAUAUAGACAUAAGAGAUUUAAUUUUGAAAAGUUGGUCAGUCAGUCAUAAUCUUCACUUUUGGAUGGUUCCCAAAAUCCAGUUUUAAGAAGCAGUGGAAUGGACACAACUACACUUAAUCUGUCAUCCGUCAUUCAAUCUGUAGUUUUCAGCCUAACUUCUGAAUUUUGUUCUUAUCAAGCAUUUUAGCAAUUAGACCUUGUGUCCCAGCCCGGGAUUAUCACCCUAACACAAAUCAAUGGAGGCGCCCACCAGAACACUCUUUCUUGCGGCCGGGUUAUGGGGACUACAGGUGUUGAAAUUUCAGACAUUGUGGGGACCGAAAGCAUUGUGGGCACAACACUUGGUUCCGAUUUUCUCACCAAAGGAAAUGAUCCCCUUAAAGGCCAGCCCAGCCCCAUCACGUGUGCUGUCUGUCCCCACAAGCGCAUCACCCAAAUGAAUGUGCACUGUAGAACCCCCAGGUCCCGGGGAACACCUGAGCAUUUGGUGAGGAUUAUCGUUGACUGACUGCUAAUUAUUGCCUGACAGCCCAUGCAUUAAAUGUCCACGGUUAUUUUUCUGGACUUUCCUUCCCCCUCUUCCCCCCCCCCCAAGAUUGUUGGGCAUACCAGGAUAUUAGCAACAUAUGCUUAUUUUUGUAUUUCAAGGACUGCCAAGUUAGGCUUCUUUCUGAGCGUGCUAUACCAUCGUGUAAAUGUAUCAGAAAUGGAAACAGUAUUAUCUAUCUGUAGGAACAACACAUGUAGAACAAAUCGCACUAUAGCUUUUAAAAUACAGAGGACGAUGGUCUAUAUACCGGUAGUACGCUGCACUGGCCCACACGUAUUGUAGAUGCACUGUAUACAUGUAUGAUGUAGCAUUUAGUGGAACAUUGUAUAUUUUGUGAUACUGAGGUUUAACUAAUAAAAUAAAAAUAGGACAACUUUAUGGAUAUUUAUAAACAGACGUUGUUUGUUUCAGUUUCGAUUUGGUUUUUUAAUCUUUUGUGUAUGGUUAUUUGUUUAUGAAUUUCGUAAAUACAUUCAAAUGUUCAUGAAUUAUGCAGUUUUAUGGUAAAUCUUGAUCUGAUGGAAUAAGCCUAUUCAAAGCAAUCAUUCACAAAUAAACCACUCAAAAAAUUCUUAAGUUAAUUUA